AUGUCUAGCGAGGGCCUUGACAUCCCGUCACUGGACACUUUGGUCUUUGCAACACCACGCACAGACAUUGUGCAGAGUGUAGGGCGCAUCGUCAGACAGCACGACGACAAAUGCGAUCCACUGAUUAUUGAUAUUGACGACCAACACGCCACAUUCAGAGCUGGCUGGAAGAAACGGCUGGUGUUCUACCGCAAGCACUCGUAUGCAAUCCAAGAGGAGUCCUAUCAAACCCACCGGAACUCAAAAGACUCGAACUGCUCAAGUUCCGAAUCUUCUGGCGCAAGUGAAUCGCUCGAUGACGAGGAUGAGUCAUCGGACAGUGACGAGCUGACGGGCGCUCACCACCGCACACACACACACACGCGGCGAAACCGUGUGAGUGUUAAAGACACACUGAGGAGCACACCGGCGCAAGGUGGAGAUGAACCUUGUGCAGCACAACAACGCGCCAGCACGAGAGAGAAACGGGGUAGAGCUGUUGUGAGUGAGCAUAAGAGGGGUGGGUGUAACGAAGGUGGAUAUAGUCGAGCUGGAAAUGGCUCGGGUGGGGUGGACAAUGAUGAUGAGUCGAUGGAUGAUGGCGAUGAGAGCGCAUUCAUCAACGACGAUAAUGAUGAUCUGGACCAGAACAGUGAUGGCAGCUACCAUAUCGGCGAUGAUGCCGCAAGUGAUAGUAUCAGUGGCCCGGUUGGCGAGAGUGGCGUAGGCUCAGUCGCCAUUGGUGGUGAGCGUUUGGAGGGUGGCGCAGACGCGAUGUGUCGCGAUGAACCCGAUCAGUUAAGAGAGGGCGACCUGCGGGAGGGGAUUCACUCAGACGCCCAACAGCAGAUAGGCGUAAGAGUGCGACGGAGAGGGGAGCGUCACAGGGUUGUUGGCGGAAGUCCUUGGGGCAAUUCUGGUCCGGAGAGGCGGGAUAUAGGGGCGGAUCAAUUGGGUACACCACGCUCACGUACGCCCAAAGGUUCCGAGAACCACAAUGAAUAUAGCGGGGCAAACCGGUCUGUAGACGCGGGGGGUACUUUAGAGGAGCCGAAGAGACAGCGGAAAUGCAGGCGGAGACCUCGGCAAAAGGUUACAGGGCCCGAUUCAGAGUUGCCGGAAGACGGUGCAGCCGACGAAAACAUCCUGGAUAGCGAUGAGGAAAGCGCGGUACCAUUUGGCGACCAAUGGAAAGCGGCAGAGUCGUCCGACGACCAAUGGAAUGGUAGCGAUAGUAGGGAAUGUGAUGACGUAGAAGACGACAAAAAAAUUCAGCAAAGCGAUAGCGAUGCCAAGUCUACGGAUAAGGAGGGAGAUGAUGGGGGUUGCUCCGAUUCCGACUCGGCGGAGGAGAAGCACGUGACAAUGCAAAGACCAGGCAAGUCACACACCCGUAGUAGGAGCAAACGUGCUGUGGCUUACAAUGCUCGACGAACUAUCACCAGCCUGAUGGAUUACAGAGCCAAGACUGAGGUCACUCCGCGAAGCAAGAGGGCACAAGGUGGCGCCCCUCGCGCGGUACUCGACAGAGGAAAGUGCAGCAACAAGGGGUCGAGCAACAGCACAGCACAGCAUGUGGCGAGUGUAUGUCAAGCAAGCCCGAGAUAUGAUAGCAGCCAUGGAAGCAAUGCUGCCCUCACACAGUCCAGGGUCUCGGGUGGGAUGGAUUCGUUAGCCUCGGCAGCGAAAAGAAGGAAUAUGGACUCAGCAGGGAGUGAUUUGAGCGCAGCUGACACACUACGUACGCACGAAACGAAACGAGCUAAGUUUGAGAAGGUUACUGACGAUGGAACUACUGUGUCUAAGUUCUUCUAGAUGAUUCGAACUUUUAUGUAAACCUUUAGGGGAACGUGGCGUGCUUCUAAUCAUCUCGAAUAUCGCCCAUCUAUUACUACGGCUGAUAAUAUUUACCUCGGUCUACGCAUGGUUGAACCUUAUGGACGCGAGAGUUUAUCAUCUGAUACCGCACACUAUUUAACUAGGUUGUGGUGAUUGCGCUGAGUUAUAAAUUUAUCCCGUUUGAAUAGAUGCGAACAUUGGUAUCGGCAUUGUAUACCGAACUUAAGAAGGCCUCGCUAUUUGAGUGUGCAACAAAAUCUGCAGCGGUUGAUUUUAGCCCUUCUCAAGAAGUUCGUGAGACGGCGCCAUAAAUAAAGGGUUAU